AUGUUGGUAAGCUAUCCCAUCCAGUGUUGGGUACCCGCUCAGUUUACUGACGCUUGGGAGCAAUAUACAGAAAAUUAUUGUUGGGUGGAAAAUACAUACUAUUUACCUCUUACCAAUGCAUUUCCUCUUGACUAUGGUGACAGGCGGUACAGGGCCCGUCAAGUUUCCUACUAUCAAUGGGUGCCUUUUGUACUGGCCUUGGAGGCGUUAAUGUUUUACAUUCCUUGUAUUAUGUGGCGGGGCCUGUUACAUUGGCAUAGUGGCAUCAAUGUUCAGAGUUUAACACAAAUGGCGUGUGAUGCGCGGAUGAUGGAUGUUGACGCUCGUCACGCUACUGUCCGUACCAUUUCUGGGCAUAUGGAGGAUACCUUAGAAUUACAGCGUGAAAUAUCUGAUGCCACCAAUUUUUGUCUUGGAAGGCGGUGGGGCGCCUACGUGACUUGCCUUUACGUUUUUAUUAAAAUGCUUUAUUUGGCCAAUGUUGUGCUCCAAAUUUUCCUUUUAAAUCUUUUUUUGGGUACGGACAAUCUUUUUUAUGGCUUUCACAUUCUUAAAGAUUUAUUGCAUGGCAGGGAAUGGGAAACUAGUGGAAACUUUCCUAGAGUAACAAUGUGUGACUUUGAAGUUAGGGUUCUAGGUAAUGUCCAUCAUCAUACGGUGCAAUGUGUGCUAAUGAUUAAUAUGUUUAACGAAAAAAUAUUUCUCUUCCUUUGGUUCUGGUUUUUUAUGGUCUCUAUUAUCACUUUCUUUUCUAUGUGCCAUUGGAUACUCAUGUCUUUUAUGCCUGGCCAGCAUAUGAAAUUCGUCAGGAGAUACCUCAGAGCAACAGAUUUAGCAACCGACAGGCAAUCUGUCAAAAAGUUUGUACACAAAUUUCUUGGUGCAGAUGGUGUUUUCUGUAUGAGAAUGAUUAGUGCCCAUGCUGGUGAUAUUAUGGCAACAGAGCUUAUUGUUGAAUUAUGGCAUUCAUUUAAUGACAGAGUUAGAAAAUCACCAAUAGAAAUGUUUGAGGGAGGAGUCUCUCAAUCCCCCUCAAAAAUGGAAGCUUCUUUCAAAAGUUGGCUGCUAGGACAAAAUCACAGCGGGAAUAGGUAUGGAGGAACUAGUGGGGGAAGUCUUGUUGGAACUGCUGCCCAUCACGCCGCUGCUUUUCAUGCUAGCCAUCACCACCACCGGGAUCUUUGA